AUGAAACCUUUCCUCAGUCAAGCACUUCUGAUUGCAGCGAGUUGUACGAUACUUAUUUCACCUUCAACUGGUAAAUCCCCGCGGUUGGUUGUUUACUUCCAUUCAAAAGUACCCCUAAUUUCAGCUCAAUCAUCCUCCUGCCUUCAGUGUACGUCGGAGUCACCGGGAUGCGACGAAGGUACCCUUCCGGUGGCGACAUGCCCGCAGCAGGAUGAUAGCUGCUUCUCGCGUACCAUCACCAGCGGCUUCGAACUGCAACGAGGUUGUGUGAGCUCCCUCGCUGAGGCCGACCAGCAACGCUGUCGGGAUGCUACGGACAGUAGUUGUAUCCUCUGUUCCGGGGAUGGAUGCAACCGGGAACGCUGGCACAAGUGCCAUCAGUGUUCCCGAACGACCAACAAUAGAUGUUACGCAGCACCCCGUAGGGUGCUGUUCUGUCGUCACUAUCGUGACGGGAAUGGUUGCUUCGCAAAACUUGUCGGCGAUAAUUUAAUUCGAGGUUGUCAAUCGGACCCGGAAGAGGCACAGAAUCCUUGUGCGAAGAAUAAGUACUGUGUGUCGUGUACCGGUGAGGCUUGCAACGAUCAGUCAUUCGAUGACUUGAAGGCCGUUACUCGGUGCAUUCAGUGCAAAGAGGGUGAGUUUCGAUGCGUCGCUGGUAAUCCAGCCAAUUCCGAAUGUGACGAGCGGGAAGAUAGAUGUUACAUCAAGAUGUGGAAAGAGGGUGAACUGGACCGUGGCUGUGUGAAGAAACUUUCCGAAGAAGAACAAAUUCGUUGCAACGAUGAGUCGGACAGGAGCUGUUACAGCUCUUCUGGGAAGCAGUGUAACACUCACCGAUGGUUGAAAUGCUUCCACUGCAGUCCGGGAGAGAAUCCACCGUGCGAAGAGGAACAAACCAACACAACGCUGUCGUCCUAUUGUGCCAAUUUCCAGCUGAAUGACGCAUGUUAUGCCAAAAUGGACAACUUUAAAGUUACUCGUGGUUGCGUUUCAGAUCUUGGAUCGUACGCCGAUCCUUGCGAGGGCAAUCCGAAAUGCUUAAAGUGCUCCUCGGAUGGAUGCAACUCCAUGUCGGAGGCCUACAUUAAAGAUGCACCGAAUCAAAAACGUUUGCUUAAAAACGCAUCGCAGUGGUUGUGGAAAAACGAUUAUUGA